AUGAUGGCAUUACGUUAACAUCAUGGCACUUCAUAUUCGAUCUCUGAAGCUCAAGCCUUACACGUCGCCACACGUGCUUUGUCGGUGUUUUGGAACCCAAGUGCAAAGCUCGAAAACUGGAGACAAGCGACCGAUCAACGAUGUCGACUGGGAAUCUUUCGCUAACGAGCUAUCUUCAGCUUGUGAAGAAGCCAGAAAACGUGUCAGCCUCUUGCCGAGCCUCCCUGCUUCAUCCAGACUUGCAGUCCUACUAAGCGAGAGUCAGAAGCUGGUAGAGGCUGUCAACAAACAUGUAGCAAUUGCUUCCCUUUACCAAACAGUCAGUCCGCGGGAAGAACUCAACUUGACCAAUCAGAAGGGCCAUUCAUGGAGCAAGGUGAAAGGUCAAGCAUUAUCAGUCAAGUCAGGAGAAGCUAUCGAGAAGACUUUGGAAACUGAGCAAAAACUGACAGAAAGUUUGGAAGGUUUUGGUCUUUUUGUCCAGCCAUAUAGUUACACGACUGACGAUAUCAUUAUCAGGGGUGAUCACAUGCUCGAGAACGUUGCAUUGUUCAACGAAACUCUUCAUGCGGACAGAGGCCUGCAGGAAAAGUCUCGUGCCCAAGCUUCAAGCGACAAACUAUCACAACAAUUUUUCUUGUUGCAACAUGAUUUAACUCUUCGUAACCAUAACCAUGAACAAUCCCAGCAUGCUUUGCUGUACUGCGGACUUCCCCAAAGCUCUGAGAAACUAGAGCCCCAAAGUAAAUCUCCGUCUCCUAGAAAAGGAGGCCCCAGCAAUGAACAGCUCGGACAGUUUCGGGAUCACAUUACUCGAGCAAUGCCGCGAUUUUUCGUGGAGAGGCAUAAUUACCAUGUGUACCAUAAAGAUAUCGUGUUUGAGAACAAUUACUGGGGUACAAAUCUGACUGCAAACGGGUUGAACGCUUAUGCGCUUCAGCUGAGCAAGCUGCGCUUCUUGGCCAGCCUGAAGUUUGCGCACAUGGAAGUGGUCAUCCUGAAAUGUACGAUUCACCCAGAGGAUGGCACCGUGAGGAUGAGGUGGCGACUCAAGGGGCUCUCGCAAUUCAAGGCUCUCAUGUUUUGGAAAUUUCUCCCCUGGAAUUACAAGAAAGGAGUCCGCGAUGAGUCGCAAUGGUAUGACGGGUUCUCAGUGUACCACCUGAACAGCGAAGGAUUGGUCGUCAAACAUCGUGUGGAUCAGGUCAUGCCUGAUGAGGAACUCCAGACCGUGAAAACGGCAAACCUUGCUGUCAAACUGGGUCUGCUAAUGGGCCUGGCACCAAAACCUGGCCUCAAUGAUUUUGCUAGCCUGUUUUACAGAAAGUCACCCCCACCCAAUUCAGCACUUCCUGGUCAACACUAG